UAUUUUUUUAUUAUAUAUAUAUAUAUUUUUUUUUUUUAAUUCAUUCACAAUUUUUUUCACAGACAGCCUGGCGGAUGCAGAUCUUCCAUACCCAUCAUGUCAAUUUUCAUGUGAUUAAUUUCAGAGCAGUGGGGGGAAAAAAAAGAUAGUUAUAUAUUUACAGGUUUGCAUGGAUGAAUGUUAUUUUUUUUAUAAACCUAGCGGUGCAUUUAUCCUUAUUAAGAAGAAAUCCUUUUAUUGAGAAAUAUAAGUAUCCUGUUACAUGCUCCCCAGUAGCACCAGCCAGACGUGUUUGAGAAUCCAGUGAUUUUUUUUUGAAUAUCAUCCAUCAACUUUACUAUCCACAGUCUUCCAGCCUCAAAACUAGAACCCUGUUUUAGAUCUUGAAUUGAUACAUUCUAUAUAUUUUUAUACAGAAGAAAAACAAAAACAAAAAGGAAAUCUUUCCAAAUAUCUUAAUUACAAGGAAGCUCUAUCCUCUCUCUGCAGCUUUCUCCUGUAUUAGGUCUCUCUUUUUUUUGGAGGGGGGGUGUGUGUAGUGAAGGGGCUGGAUGUGUGUGAGCUGGAGAAAAAAAAAUAUAAUUACCCUGUGAUGACGUCAUAAGUUUGAAGCCACCUGAUUUGAUGUCCCUGUGAAACCUGAUCUGUACUUGCAGAUUUCUGUAGGAAAAAAAAAAAAAAAAACACUUGGGGUAAAAAAAAAACCCAAAUGCACUUAUGAUCAGUUCAGUUUGUGUCUCAUCCUUUCGUGGGCGAAAGUCUGGUAACAAACCUCCUUCAAAGUCAUGUUUGAAAGGAGAUAUGGGCAAAUCAGAGGAAAGCGACAAGAUUGUCAUUAAUGUGGGUGGCAUUAGACAUGAGACCUACAGAAGUACCCUGAAGACAUUGCCAGGUACCAGGCUCUCCUGGCUUACAGAACCAGAUGCCUUCAGCAACUUUGAUUAUGACCCCAAAACAGAUGAGUUCUUCUUUGAUAGACAUCCGCAAGUGUUUGCCUAUGUGCUCAACUAUUACAGGACAGGGAAACUCCAUUGUCCAGCAGAUGUCUGUGGUCCUCUUUAUGAAGAAGAGUUGGCCUUUUGGGGCAUUGAUGAAACUGACGUGGAGGCUUGUUGCUGGAUGAAUUACAGGCAACACAGAGAUGCAGAAGAAGCCUUGGAUAGCUUUGAAACUCCAGAACCCACCGAGGAAGAAGAAGAUGGGGAUCUGAAAAGACUCUGUCUACAAGAAGAUGGUAGAAAGCUGGGUUGGUGGAAAAGACUCCAGCCUAAAGUCUGGGCUCUCUUUGAAGAUCCUUAUUCUUCCAAAGCUGCCAGGUAUAUCGCCUUUGCUUCCCUGUUCUUCAUCCUCAUCUCCAUCACAACGUUUUGCCUUGAGACCCACGAGGCGUUCAAUAAUAUCAACAACAGGACCGAAACGAACACACGAAACAACAUCACCAGUACGGAGAUCAUAUUAGAAGUGGAGACUGAACCCUUUCUAACAUAUGUAGAAGGCAUGUGCGUGAUCUGGUUCACUUUUGAGUUUCUCAUACGUGUUAUGUUCUGCCCAGAUAAAAUGGAGUUCAUAAAGAGCAGCUUGAAUAUUAUAGACUUUGUGGCCAUCUUACCGUUUUACUUGGAGGUUGGCUUGAGUGGUCUGUCUUCCAAAGCAGCUAAGGAUGUUCUAGGCUUUCUGCGGGUUGUCCGUUUCGUUAGGAUCCUGAGAAUCUUUAAGCUCACUCGACAUUUUGUUGGCCUCAGAGUUCUUGGUCAUACUCUACGGGCCAGUACCAACGAGUUUCUCCUUCUUAUCAUUUUCUUGGCGCUUGGGGUUCUAAUCUUUGCCACUAUGAUAUACUACGCAGAGAGGAUCGGCGCUGAUCCAAAAGACAUCACCGGCAGUGCCCACACCAACUUCAAAAACAUCCCCAUAGGGUUUUGGUGGGCCGUGGUUACAAUGACAACUUUGGGCUAUGGGGACAUGUAUCCAGUGACUUGGUCGGGAAUGUUGGUGGGUGCUCUCUGUGCUUUGGCAGGCGUGCUAACAAUUGCUAUGCCGGUUCCCGUUAUUGUCAACAAUUUUGGAAUGUAUUACUCCCUAGCUAUGGCUAAGCAGAAACUACCAAAGAAAAAGAAUAAGCAUAUACCCCGGCCGCCUCAACCUGGAUCACCUAAUUAUUGUAAACCAGACAUGCAGUCUCCCCUUAGGAGCAUGCAAGGAGAUUCCUGCCCUUUAGCUCAGGAGGAAAUCAUUGAGAUCAACAGAGCAGACUCAAAGCAGAAUGGAGAUGCCGCCAACGCUGCCCUGGCUAACGAGGAUUGUCCUACUAUAGACCAGGCUCUAUCACCAGAAGAAAAGUCUCCUGUUACUCCAGGGGCAAGAGAGAGAUACAAUCGUGACAGAGCGUGCUUCCUGUUGUCCACCGGAGACUUUGCACAUUCACCAGAUGGCAACAUUCGCAAAGGUUAUGAAAAAUCCCGGAGUCUAAACAGCAUAGCUGGCAUGAGUGGAAACACGCUCAGACUGUCUCCUGUCUCCACCCCAUUUGGGUCACCAUCUGCAGUGAGACGUCCGCGGUCACCCAUUCCCUCCAUCUUAUAGCAUGGACUCAACCAACUGAUAAGGGGAACCUUAACUAGUAAUAACAAGUCAAAUACAAACAUCAAAACUGGCAAACGAACACAAAUAAGAGACUAUAACAAAUUAUAUUAUUUUUUAAAGCGGUUGACAGAAAAAAAAAAUAGAUUAUACACAGAUAUAUUUAAAAAAAAAAUCAAGUCUGGCUUUUAAAAUAAAAAAAAGACAACAAAAAAACAAACAAAAAAAAUGCACUUUGCUGAGGAGUAUUAAAAAAAAAAAAAAAAAGACUUCAACGACUCCCACACCCCUGGUGAAUCAAAUUGGUGUGCUCCAGGAAAAUGCUCUUUACGGAGUUGAGAAAGCUCUUCCAGUAAGGAAGCCAAAACACCAAAGGAGAUUUUAUUGGGGAGUCGGGGGAUAGGGUAUCAUUUUUUUUUAUUGAUAUAAUAUUUAUUGUUGUUGAAAAAAAUGGAGAAAAAAAAAAAGACUAAACUAUUUUAAAAAAAGAAUGAAACUGUUAAUGAGCCUGAAAAACCUCUCUAAAUAUAUAUAUAUAUAUAUACAUAAAGAAAUAUAUUUAACUUUAUAAAUCUCCAAUACAUAGUAUUUCCUUUAUAAACACCUCUUCUAUUUAUUCUUUUCUUUCCUGUUUUAUUAAAACUUUGAUCUCAUUCUUAUGGAGCUGCAUUCUGCUUCCCCUGUCAUCCCGUUACCACCAUACUCAGGAUAUUAUGAGCCAUAUCGUACAAAUAUAUGUGUGUAUAUAUAUAUAUAUAUAUAUAUAUAUAUAUAUAUAGCCACGCGUUCGUUAAACAUAUACAUAUAUAUGUGUAUAGAUACAUACAUUCUCUCUAUUUCUACAUAUAUGUAUAUAUAUACUCUAUAUAUUCAACAGAUAAUAUAUAGGUAUUUAUAUAUUCUAAUACUUGUCAUUUCCUUAAACCCUUCUGUGCAUGAUCUAGUUUUGCAAGCAAUAAAAAAAAAUCUGCCUGAAUGCAUGUUUUCACGUAAAAUAAAUUGAAAAUUGUAUAUACUGUAGCUUAGCUCGGUUCCAUUCCCAUACCUGGCUAAUCAUUUUGGUGCAUGGCUUAAUAUGAUGACAGUCUGUGUCAGAAUGUCCACGUUUCCUCUCUCUCUCUCCCUUUUAAUCUUCUUUCCCUCUCACUCUCUCACCUACCUCCUUUCUCCUCUGCUCCUUUUGUUUUUUCUCUUCCCCGCACAGAAAAUUAUAAGGAGAAUCCAGUACUUGCCCGAUAUAUGCAGGCGGAAGCUGUCACUGUGAAUUAAUUGAUUUCUUCCCAUAAUUAAAAGUAUCCUUCAGAUACUUUAUUUUCAGAACAAAAAAAAAAGAGGGAAAAGCAGAUAAAAAAAAAAACAACCACCAAAUGAAAUUUAAGGUAACAAAAAUAAUAAAAAAAUGAAUUAAAUGGAAAAUUAAGGCAAACGAGGACGAGAAAAAAAAAAGAUGGCGAUAUGGUGAAGCUUGGAAAUUUAUGAUGCAUGGAUCAACAUCCAAAUGAAAAUGGAAUGAAAAAAAGAUGGAAGUGAAACGGGCAGCUAAGAGAAGAGGAUGAA